AUGGCUUUAAAGAAAGCCCAGAAGGAGAACGCGCAAUUGGUUAAAGCUAACCGGUUGCUACGAGAAGAACUCGAUCGCAAGUCCGUCCAUCAGGACAACCAAAGGAAGGCUAUAAAGGAACUCAGUAACCACGUGGAAGCCAUGCAAAAGCUCAUAAAAGAGUUAUUGAUGGCUGAGAGAGCAUACCAAGAAAACCAGUCACCGGAAGUCUCCCAGUCGCCGAAAGCUCCCGCGCCGUCAGACUCGAACCCCCAAGGACAUAUACCUCGCCGAUUGAAACACCAUGAUUCCGACAGCUCCUCCUCCGACGACGACGACAAGAACAACAAGAAGAGGAAGAGCAAGAAGCACGCAGAGGAGCUCGAGCGGAAGGUCUUCGAUGUGUCCCUCCACGAGAGUUGCCACCUCAGAGGGGUAUCGGGUUGGGUUAUAUUUCGAAACGCGUUUCUGCUGUACUUCGCAGAGAGCGGAUACGAGAAAGGCAUGAAGAUGUCCAGGCUCGAGGACCUCCAUCUAGCGAGAGUAAUUACGAAUAACUGUAAGGGGCGAGCUCGGAGGUUGGUUUUGGGAAUGGAAUCGGGCAUAGAGAUGCUAAAGCUGUUCGCCGAAACAUACACAUCAACGAAGGAGUUGGAGACGAGACAACACCAGAAGCUUGCAGAAUUACUGUAUGCGGACGACUCUCAAUGGCCUCGUUCCUGGCGUGAAGGCCGGAAUAAGCCCCACACCACAGAUAGCUUACUCCUAUUAGAUGCCUAG